AUGGCGAGAUAUUGUGGGGAGAACGUGGCGUUUACCCUCGACUUGCAUGACGUGCCUUCAAAAUUGACGCAGCUUAAGGAGGCCGAGGAUUUUCGUCCUAGAAUUUCUUUCGCGUACGACGAUGAAAACGACGUGAGUCGAGCGCAGACCGCCCUAUUGCCUCCAUUUCAUGGUUCUUGCCGUGUUUUGAAGAAUGUCAGCACGAUCGACUUCGACACAUUUAGCGUGUCCGUUGCGGAGGUCGAAGACGAAAAGGGAUUUUUCAUGCACCCCCAGCUGUUACAACAUGGUGAUUUACCUACAGUGACUGGAAUUCUGGAUGGCAACCCGUCUACGACCGAUCAUAAGAUCGCUGAAGAACCCAACAUGAAGGGACACCUUGCGAUGGCAGAGUCGUCGCAACUCCUCCUAAGAUCUGUCGUCAACGUCAAUUCUCCCUCAAGCUCGAAGCAGUAUGAAAGAAAGAUCGCACCUGGGUGCAAAGCAGGAGUGGAUAGGGAAAUUGUGUUGGAACUGAAGUCUUGCUUGCAUUGUUCUGGUUAUGGCCGAGCGGGAAAAAUGAAAGCUGCCGAUAGAAGGGCGAAGUCAAAUUUCGACCCCUUGACAGCUGUCUUGGGACACCCACUCACUGCCAUCGACGUUGGCCUCAGCACAUCCAUCGGUACUGAGGCUGGCCUCACAUCACAAGAACAACCAAUUUUGCUCGAUGUCGUUGCUCUCGUCAAGCUGCUGGGCUCCUUGAACGACAUUGCCGUUCUGGCGGCUAGGCAAGCAGUUUGCCUCGCUUUUCUGGUCUCCUGGUACCUCUUCCGAAGCGCCAUGGUCGGGCUGGUUCUCUCAGGAGUGUCCUGA